UCGUAAUCGCCAAUGGCUAUUGACGCUGCUGUUGUUUGCCGCUGCGAUGAGUUCAGCUACAGCGGCAGCUUUAACACCCACUUCAGGCACGUGCAAUUCAACGCAGUUUCAAUGCGACAACAAACGCUGCAUCCGUGCGAGUUAUACGUGUGAUGGCGACAACGAUUGCGGCGACAUGAGUGAUGAGCGCAACUGUACGCACGGCACGUGCGAUUCAUCGCAGUUUCAAUGCAACAACAAACGCUGCAUCCGUGCGAGUUUUACGUGUGAUGGCGACAACGAUUGCGGCGACAUGAGUGAUGAACUCAACUGUACGCACGGCCCGUGCAAUUCAACGCAGUUUCAAUGCAACAACAAACGCUGCAUCCGUGCGAGUUAUAAGUGUGAUGGCGACAACGAUUGCGGCGACAUGAGUGAUGAACUCAACUGUACGCUCGGCGCCUGCAGAUCGGAUCAGUUCAGGUGCGAGAGAACAGGCUUCUGCAUGCCCGCGUCGUGGCGCUGCGACGGCGACAACGACUGUGACGAUAACAGCGAUGAACGCGACUGUGACACACUUUCCACUGCACGACCCACUUCCGCAAACUCCAGCGCCUGCAGAUCGGAUCAGUUCAGGUGCGAGAGAACAGGCUUCUGCAUCCCCGCGUUGUGGCGCUGUGAUGACGACUCGGACUGUAGCGACGGUAGCGACGAGCGCGACUGUGACGGAACUUCAACUACACCGCCGAUUCCGUCGAAUUCAAACUCGUGUCCUCGGAACUACUCGCGCGUGGGCCGCAAGUGUCUGCAUGGCGUCGCCGUUGCGCGGUCCUGGCAAGAUGCGGACGUGGAGUGCAGGNGUCCAUGA